AUGGGAUGCUGCAACGCAAGGUGCUGGCUGAUCUCAGGAGCUGUUUUUGGAGCGGCUAUGGCCAUCCUGGGAGGUGUGCUUAUUCCACUGGGGAACAGUGUCAUUGAGGGGACAGUGAACAAGGAAGCCGUCAUCGAGCCCGGAACGACCGCGUAUGACAACUGGGUGGCAGCAGGGACAAUAGUAUACAGGCAGUUCUGGUUCUUCACUGUGACAAACCCCACAGAGGUCAUUGAGAAUGGGUCAGUUCCAGUGGUGAUGGAGAGAGGACCUUACACAUACAAGACAAGAUUCCUCCCUAAAGAGAAUAUCACGUUCAACUCCAAUCACACUGCAUCCUUCUUGUUACCGACUAGUGCCAUCUUUGACCCCUCCAUGUCUGUUGGACCAGAAGAUGACAAAGUGGUCAUUCUGAACCUUGCAGUAGCCGCAGCUUACUCACUUAUUCCUAAAGGAUUGCAUGGUGUAUUAGAGCGAAUGAUCAAGAGCACCAACUCAUCCCUGUACCAGACUCGUUCAGUGAAAGAGCUGCUUUGGGGCUAUACAGACCCAAUGCUGAAAGACACAGUGGCAUUGUUUGAAAAUGGAACAUUUGAUGGACCCUAUAAUGUGUUUACUGGCAAAGAUGACAUAUCAAAAGUGUCAAAGAUUGACAGAUAUAGAGGAGAAAGUAACCUGAAUUUCUGGGAUGACCAAUACUGUAAUAUGAUCAAUGGAACAGAUGCUUCCUCAUUUGCCCCCUUUGUUGAUAAAAAGAAACCACUGUAUUUCUUCUCAUCAGAAUCACAAUUCUCUGUAUGUAUUCUUCAAUCUGUUUCUGCGAGCUAUAUGAAGACCUAUUCACUGAAAGGCAUCAAAGUGUACCGCUACUCUCUCCUUCCCUCCACUCUGGCCUCCCCUGUAGACAACCCAGACAAUCACUGCUUCUGCAGGGACCCUGUGGUCACUAAGGACUGUACCAUGGCAGGUGUACUGGACAUCAGCUCCUGCCAAAAAGGAAAACCAAUCUACAUCUCUCUACCACACUUCUUGUUAGGAAGUCCCUUCCUAACAACAGACAUCCAGGGCCUUAGUCCCCACCCAGAGCACCAUGAAACCUUCCUCGACGUGGAGCCGACAACAGGAUUUACCUUGAAUUUUGCCAAGAGAAUACAAGUAAACAUGAUGUACGGACCAUCAAAUGUUGUCACGAUACUUAAGAAAGUUAAGGAUUAUACAAUAUUCCCUGUUGUCUGGCUCAAUGAGACAGCCACUUUGGAUGAUGCCACGGCUGACAUGAUUAAGCAAGAGCUGGUGUCCAGGAUCAGCCUUCUGUCCACGGUGCAGCAGACCUUACUGGGCGCAGGAGUGACCCUUGCUGUCGUAUGCUUUAUUGCUUCCUGCUUUGUCAAAGGGAACAAAGCCAACCUGGCUUAA